AUGUCCAAGAGAGCUGUCGGAGCAAAUCAAAAUGAGCCAAAAAAGGCAAAGGUGCUGCGUGCUCUGUAUACUCAGGGACCACUAGAUGAAGUUUUUGGCCAGCACCGGGCGUUCCCUCUCGAUGCGCCCUCGGAGGAAGAUUCACUGGUCUUCGAGUACCUAGCGUCGGUCAGAAAAGAAGCCGAACAUGAUCAGGUGUGUCAUUUCGUGUCAGAAGAACCAGGUUAUUCCGAAGAGCCAUAUCCAGCUGAAGAUGAAGUGAAAGAUACACCUGAUCUGGAGGCAAGCGAGAGUCCAAGCCUGACCGAACGAGAGGCAGGUACCACUGAAUCCUGCAGUACCGAACCCAAAGAGAAAUUUGUUGAAUGUGGUUUGCAAACCUUGCCGGAUGAUCCUUCAAACGCAUCUUAUCCAGUUCCAGCGUCGGCUGCCAGCUGGAGACAGCUAGUGUUUACUACACCGGUACCAUCGCAAGAGUUUUUCCAAAACGUGCUCGAGCAUCCUACUAUCAUAAAGCUCAUCGUCUACUACACCAAAUGGCUCCUGGGCUCUCUUCCUGAGUCUUUGUCAGAUUGGAUCUUUGCUACAUUUGUGCGUUUAGAUUGUGACAUGGAUUAUCAAGAGAUGGCGAUUGUCAGGGCACUAGGGGUCAAAGCUCUUAAGUUGCGACAAAAGCUUUUCCAAGGGGCUACUGAGGGAGCUCAAAUUUCCCAUACGGCACAGCUGUGUGUAGACAUGGUAUUAGCAGUCAUUUCUCAGUAUUAUGGACAGAAAGAUUUAGUACGCAAGAGAUAA